CCCAGCCAAGCCGAACAUCUCCAGGGGUUUCACAUUCUUCGGCAAACACAACAACGAUCUUUGCGCUGCCUUGUGCUCCUCCUUAUAUUUUUCUUUCUUUUCUUUUAUCUAAAUCUUAAAUUGGAAGUGAUCUUGUGUUUGGUGAAUUUAAUUGGAAGCAUGGUGAGUAAGGAAGAAGACAGCCUCAAAUUCUUGAAAACACAGGCUUGUGUGAUGAGAGUGAACAUAUGCUGUAAUGGAUGCCAGAAGAAGGUGAAGAAGGUGCUUCAUAAGAUUGAUGGGGUGUACACUGUGAGUAUAAAUGUGGAGGGGAGGAAGUUGACUGUGGUAGGAAAUGUAAGUCCUGACAUCCUGAUCAAGAAGCUUAACAAGGCUGGGAAACAUGCAGAGCUGCUGUCUGCUAAAGCUGCUGGUGGUGGUGGUGAUGGUGGUGGAAAAGGGCAGAGCGUCACUAGCCAGCUCCAGAAGCUCCAACUUGAGCAUGGAAAGGCCCAAAAGGAUGGUGGUGGUGGAGGUGGGAAGGAGCAGAAAGGCCCGCCAGUGCCACAGACACAGCUGCAGGAAGGGAAAGGGAUCAAAGAUCUCAAGUUCCUAAGUUUCAAGGACCUGAAGAUUCCAUUCAGGAAGGACAACCACAAACCGGCAGUCAAAUUAGAUCUUCCUUCCAAGGAAGAGCUUGAUGAUGGGAGUGAUUUUGACGACGAUGAAGAUGAUUACGAUGAAUUCGACGAUGACGAAGAGGACCUUGAUGACAUGGAUGAGUACUCUGAUGAAGAGCCGUACGAGAAGCCCAAGAUGAUGAUGAAGCCCAGCAACUUGCAACCAAAGGGAAGUGGAGUAGUUGCCAAAGAUAAGAAAGGAGGUAGUGGAGAUAAGGGAGGAGAGGGGAGUAAGAAGGGAAAUGGUGGUGAUGGAGCACAUGACAAGAAGAACGGUGGAGGAAACAACAAUAACAUCAAGGGUGGCAAUAGCAAUAACAAUGGUGAAAAUCAUACUCAUAGUGGCAAAUCCCCAUCCAACAAGGGUGGUGGGAGCAAUAAUAGCAUGGGAGGGGGCCUUCCCAUAGGCCAACCUCACAUGAUGGGUCAAUUUGGUAACAUGCAAUCACCCAUGGGCUUAAUGGCAACCAAUAAUGCCCAGGGCCUCCCCGCCGGAACCUACUUUCCGCCGGAGAUGAUGACCGGCUCAAACCCAUACCAACAGCAGUACCUACAGUGGUUGAUGCAACAGCAAAGGAUGAUGAUGAUGAGUGGACAAGACCGACCGACGGGCUAUGGCUACGGACCGCCCCCCAUGUAUGGGCCACAACAAAAUUCAUACAGCAUGUUCAGCGAUGAGAACCUCAACGGCUGCUCAAUCAUGUGAGGGAAAUGGCAAUGGCAAGCUUUUGGUCCUACCAUGAAUAAGAAUUGGGAAAGUGGAUGAUGAUCAACAUGGAGAAAGUGCUUCCCACUUUUGAUCGAGUGUCUAUUUUUUGCUUGAAUUUGGUUAUACUUUUUAAGGUUUAUAUAUGCUUGUAUUAAUGCAGCUUUUGGCAACAUAAAUACUUAUAAUAUAUAUAUAGGGGUCCUUUUCUUUCAUGCUUAUGUAAGAACAUGGAGAAGAAAGCAUAAAAGUUUUCAAUUAUUACAAGUUCAAAUAUGUUACUUAA